UAUUUUCCAGGUGAUUGUGAAUUUCUGAAGAAUGAGUCUUUCUUACAAUGCUGUUGAUGUAUAUGUGCUUGAUUAUUUACGCCGCUGUGGUUACUGGCGUGCUGUAGAUGCCCUCAUAUUGGAUUCGCCUCAUGUGACCCGUACAUCAAUUGUACGGGAAGAUUUGCGGAAAUUCUCUCUCCACAACAUUGUUGUGGAUUAUUUGAUAAUCCAUGAGAAACUUACAUCAAGGGAAACAGAAUGGAUGAACCAGAUAGAGGUCACUGCAACAGAUCCGCUGUCCAGGAUUGUCACAGGGAUCUUGGACAAUUUGAAAGCUAAGUCUGGUACAACGUCAAGAAGUAGGAAAAGCCGGACAACAUUGACACCGGAGGUUGUUGCCAAAGCAUUCAGGUACAUGCUGGAGAAUCCAUUGGAGCAGCAGAGACUUGCAGAAUCUAUUAAUACUGUGAUUCAAUCAAAUACUGUGGCUGCCUCAUCUGCGAAGGAAACAAAUUAUGCGUCGAAACCAACCCACCCGUUACCUGACAUAAACUCUUUUUUCUCGGAGUCUCCAAGGAAAAAUGAAAUGAUCGAAGAAAUCGUGGACAGAGCGCUGGAUCCAUUAGAAUCCAUCAUUGAUGAAGUGUUCGAUGCAUCAGAUUUCAGUUCUUCCUAUUCCAAGUCCGACAAGUGCGCAUUUAAUUCGACAACUUCCGAAACGCCCCAGAAGACCACUCGAAGUGGUGCCGGACUUACUCCAAUUUUGCCGAAGGACAAUUUUCUCAUGCCGCCGCCAUUUUCUCCCUUGACUCCGUUGGAUGCCCAUUAUGUUCAAUAUAGUCCGUCGUUGGCGAAAAAAAUCGUAUCGGUGCCUGUAAUGCAGACAUCAUUGCCAUCUCAUGCAACAGCUUCUACAAGCGUCGUGCAUUCUAUGCAAGCGCCAACUUCAGAGAACAUCCCAGCUCAAAUUCCCACGAAAGCAGAUGUACCGAUUGUUUCAUCCUGGGUUCCUGCUCCUGUUGCCAUGAAUGCCAGCGCACCGGGUCAGAAUAAAUUGCAGAAGCUUGUUACUACGAAUCUAGGCGCGCGGUCUGGCAAAAAAUCUUUACUGGGGCGCAUGAAAGACCGACUUGCAAUGUUGAAGAAUGAAGAAUCUUUAGCAAAAUGUGGAGAUGAAGAGUCGAAGAAUCCAGAGGCGUCCGAUUCCAGUUACUCGGAAGCUCCCGUUUACCAAGAAAUGAGACCUUUGAGACCUGUGACAAGGACUCGUCGUAGUUUAUCUACCCCACGUCGCGACUCUUCCCACAUUCGCAUGCUGGAUUUCACCUCUCCAAGGUCAAUGAAAGCUUUGACCUGCUACAGUUCAAAUGACAGCAAGACACCGCGUCUGAAUGUGUCCACCAAGCAAAAAGAGCCCCAGCGCAGGAAGCUUUCUCUGGAUGCCGCUAGAACUGGACUCAAGUUCCCCAGUCCAGAGGUCAAUAAGUCCGUGGAUAUUGUGGCCGUAUCUGUGGCGGAUGAUGAUCGUGAGCCAUUCCCGACGCAAGACUUCGGGAUCCAAGCAACAGACCCAGAUGGACGCAAGAUCACAACGAACUAUUGCUCUUGGAGCUGCUUCCAACAUUCUCGCAUUCUUGGCCCAGUGAUUUCUUCAAAGAACUCCAAUGGCGAUGAAAUCACCAGUCGGUUUUGUCAAACACAGCUUCAUCGGUGCCACAAUCCUGGAGAGGAAACUACUGACUGGCUCGCUGUGCAACAAACUCCGCAAAAACCCGAUGAAGUUGAGAUUUUUUCACCCGUCUCAACCCCAGCUUUGAAGCGUGCGAAGCAAUUAACAGAAUCCACGGAUGACGUGUUCAGUGCCUUGGCAAAUUGCCCUAGUGGAUUUUUGCAUGAAGCUGGUCUUGUGCCUAAACCUCCAACGGGAAUAUCAAAACCAUCAGUUGUUGCACUGGAUUCUGACGAUCAACACAAAGUCAUGGUACCAAAAAAGGAAGUCAAACGUCGCACGAGAAACGCUGCAAAAUCAGGUCGUAAAUCUCCACCUACCACUGCAAGCGACCUUCCAGUGAAAGAUGUAGCUGUGCGAUUAAAUCCAUUGUCGCCAGAACUUCUGAAGUCUUACGUGGUUAAAUCCGGAAAAGAACCAGUCGAAAAAGAAGUAAUGGAAAAAAGCACGGGAAGAAAGCGCCGACGCGACAGUGUCGAAUCGUCAUCUGGCAAGGGCCCAAUUAAACGGAAACUGGCUCGUUAUGAAGUUCCGCGAAAGAAGCUGAACAAAAUUGGGGCGACGCGAGUGUUCCUCGAAGAAAAUUGUGAACAACCUCAUGCGAAAUCGGAAUGCCUCCUAGACAGUGAUUCGUCGAUUGAAGAAUUUCCGAGAAAAAACACAAAAGUCGUCCUCGUAUCUUCUGAUGAUGAUGAUGACGACAAAAUAGGUCGAACCGAAGCCGCAAAAGAGGAGUCAGAGAAAACACUUCAACAUGUUUCGGAACCGAAAGGCCCGCCUUCUAAACCGAAGGAAAAAACUCGGAACUCUGCGAUAAGGGAAUCUUCCAAAGCGCGACGAGUACCGCGAGAAAAUGCAUCCGAAACCUGCGCCUCAGUUCCGGACAAACCCGAGAAACCCUCAAAAAAAUUGAAGAAAAUUGAUGAAAAAGAGCAGAACAAGACGAAAAAAACGACGGACAUCGUUGAAAACCAUGUGGGCAAACCACGAGACUUGUUUCCAGCUAAAAAUAAAGUGCCUUCUCUUCCAUCCAAAGUGAGCCAGAAAAAUGAACUGGAGAAUAUUUCUCCGGUUCUUGAAAACUCGAAACAGUCUUCUGCGACAAAAUCGAAGAAGGAAUUUGUUCAAAAAACGUGUACCCCAGAAGCAACACCGAAAAAACCUGGUGUCGAGCCAGUACAAAGUGAGAAAAAAGGCUCGAAAGAAACAAUGGCUCCUCUUCCGGAUAAAACUACUAAAUCUUCUCAAGUUAUUCUCAAGCCCGACGAAGUCCCUGACACCGCUCUUGCGUGCCUCACCUUCAAAACUCCCAAGAAGUCUCAUAUGACGGAACUAGGACAAGCUUUGGCGACAACGCUGGAAGAUUCAGUUACUGCUUCGUUUUCAGGUGCCAAAUCCAAGUCCCCGCGGGCAUUUUCUGUUCAGAGUGGCUUUGAAAGUUUGAAUCUGAGUGAGGAGUCUAGUGGAGAUAAUUCCUUGUCUCAUCCUGGCUGCCGCGAUAGAAAUAGCGUGCCUCCGAAGAAAAGACAUCAAAUUGCCGACUGGGAUUCGUCGCCGAAACCCGCCCGUUCUGAGGAACAUUUAGAAAGCUCCAUUGUACCAGCAUCGGGAACAAAAAUCGUACCUCAAUUAUCUCAGAAACACAAGGCAGUUAAAGAAGAUUUGACAGAGCGUAGAAAUUCUCAUAAGAGACCUUCAGCGAAACGCGCUCCAAAUCCGGCUUUCCACGCCAUCUUCGGAAGUGACUGCGAUACAAUGGAUGAAGCCAGUCCGCUCAAACCUGAAAUCAAAGCAAAUCCAACCGAAGUCAAGACAUCGAUUCAUGUUGAGGCAUCGAUUCGCACGCCAAAACGAAUCGUUCCCACCUACUUGGGACCCUCCACCUGGAACAGGACCCCGGUCAAGCCACCACCUUUGCCGAAUUACGUAAACCAGGAACCCGCGGCGAUUUCUCCAGAUUCCUCAGACUCGGACUCAACCUCCUCUGAUUCAACGUCGUCUACGUCUUCAUCCACGACUCUGAAUUCGGAAUCAAGUAGUCGUUCGGAAAGUGUCAUUGAACCAGGAUUGAGUUUUGAGGGAUGUUUGAACGAAUCCCUUGUAUUGAAGGAUACUCCGAAGCUGGAAAAUCCAUUGCCAGCAGCGAAACCAGAAAAUAUUUCGUCAGACAAAGAAGAUGGUGAAGUUUCGGAAAGUGAUUCUGCAGAUGAAGAAGAGGAAGAGCGAGUGCGACUGAUACUGGCAAAGCUUCAGCCGCAGUCAUUCGACAUAUUGUCCCUAAACCUGGACAGUGUACCAGUGAAGAAAAAUUUCUCUGUCAAAAAAACUACUCCAGUCAGGGAAGCAGGUGGCGCCCGUGUGAAGCAAGGAGUUGAAGAGUUCAAAAGAGUCAGUUUGUUUCGAGAAAGUGACUCAGCUACUGGGGCUUUAUCGAUGCGACUCUACGCUGCUGAGGCUCGUCGAACCCACGGGUUGCCAAAAAUGAUCACAGAUGCGGUCAUGAAAGGAACAGGUUCAAGGGUCAGUCAGAUGAGGAGCCCUGAAGAACGGCCUCGUUCCCCUAGCUUUAAGGAAUUGUCUCGACAACAGCGAGAGAAGAGAAAGCAGGAAGAAAGUUGCGUGGGUUCGAUGGAAAGCACCCCAGAUUCCCAGCACGCGGAUGCGAUUAGUUCAGUGCCAGAAACUAACGGAACGAAACGCGUUCACGUACCAUGCCCAGCGAGUCAAGGGUUCCCGAAAGACCUUAUUUUUGGCCUUUUGGGAAGAAAAACGGACGAUUGGUUGCGUGCUGUUAGCCGAUACCCGCCGUCGACGGCGCCAAAUAAUAGUCUCCGCCGUAGUCCUUGA